AUGGCGGAUGAAGAGGAGCCCAAAACUGCUUUCGUUGACGAGUCUGCCGUCCCCUCGGCUCAAGCGUCGGGGGAAGAGAAUGGCAGUCUCGGUAACUCGUGGUCAGAGGUUAGCGAUAUGCGCCAGGGUCUUCACCAACGCCAUGUUCAGAUGAUUUCGAUUGCUGGAACGAUUGGCACCGGUCUCUUCUUGGGAUCAGGCACGAGUCUUGCACGCGCUGGCCCUGUGGGCGCUUUGCUUGGGUAUACCAUUAUCGGUGCCAUUGUGUGCAAUGUUGUUCUUGCCGUUGGCGAAAUGGGUGCUCUGCUGCCUUUGAGCGGUGGCAUUGUCCGUUACACUGAGACUUUUGUAGAUCCGGCGCUUUCUUUCGCCAUUGGCUGGAACCAAGUCUAUUCGGGAUGCAAGUCGACAUUCUGUGAUAAAUCUGGCAAGGCUGCAACUCUCAUUCAGUGGUGGAUUACAAUAAACAACGCAGUUUGGAUCGUUGUCUUUGGCUCCGUCAUGACCGUUUCGACACUCCUCUUUGUCCGAGUCUAUGGCGAAAUGGAAUUCUUUUUUGCUACUCUUAAGAUAUGUCUCAUCAUCAUUGUCAAUGUUACAGCUCUUGUGGUUGUGUGUGGAGGUGGUCCAAACGGUGUUGCCACUGGGUUUACGUACUGGAGGAACCCUGGGCCAUUUGUUCAGUACCUUGGAAUCGAAGGGGCUCUGGGCCGUUUCCUUGGAUUUUGGACCACGUUUUCCAAUGCCGCCUACGCAUAUGCAGGUUCUGACAGCAUCGUUGUAGCGGCGGCUGAAACUCGCAACCCCAGGCAGACGAUUCCUCAUGCCGCCAAACGUGUCUUUGCCCGAGUGGCCAUAUUCUACAUCAUCACCAUCUUCUUCGUUGGCCUUUUGGUGCCUUCCGACAACGAGCAAUUGCUCAGUGCAUCUGGAACUGCGGCAUCUCCGUUUGUCAUUGGCGCAAACAUCGCCAGGAUCCCGGUUCUCCCAAGUGUCAUCAACGCCAUCGUCAUCACGUCAGCCUGGUCAUCUGGCAAUGCAGGCAUGUUGAAUAACAGUCGCUACCUCUUCGGCAUGGCCAAGCACGGACACGCACCCAAAAUCUUCCUACGGCUCAACCGGUUCGGUGUUCCCUACUGUGCCGUCCUACUCAUCACGCUUUUCAUGUCGCUGGCAUUCAUGUCUCUCUCAAAGGGUGCUGCUACCGUCUUUACCUGGUUGCAAAGUCUUGUUUCCAUUGGCGCUUUGAUUACUUGGACAACCAUUUCGGUGACUUAUCUACGCUUUUACUAUGGCUGCAAAGCACAGGGCAUUGACCGCAACGAACUGCCCUGGAAAUCGCCCUUUCAACCAUAUGCGAUUUGGGCUUCAUUAUUCUUCCUCGUCCUAAUCAUGUUGACUUCUGGGUACAAGGUCUUCUUGCAUGAUCACUGGGCAACCGAGUCGUUUAUCUCGUCUUAUAUCAACAUCCCCAUAUUCCUAGUCUUGUAUCUCUCAUACAAGUUCAUUAACAGGACAAACAUCAUUCCCCUAUCGGAAAUUCCAAUUCGUCCUCUGCUUGAGCAUGCGCAGCGAUUCCCUGAGCCACCAGAGGAGCCCAAGCAAGGAUGGAAGAAGCUGAAUAUUUUCUGGAACUAA